GUUGUCACUUUUCUCACAAAAGAAAGCCUCCUUUCCCGUUUCCCUGCGAGUUGCUUUGUCUCAUUCCCCCAGCUACUCUCACCACCACACCAUUCUUUCCGCCUUUACCCUCUUCUCUCUUCUUUCUUCUCUCAUAUCGCAAUCUCAUCCUCUUAUUACUUAUUCAAACGCUGCAUCACUCAACCACCUCAACAAUGCACCAUUCAAAAAUCCCACUUUAGUUUCUCCGCAGAUCUGAACCACCCGGGAUCUGAAAAAAACCGCAUUUUGAUUUCUGGGUCUUGCCCUUCACCUCAUUGGGUAUCCCGAAACGCAUUCGUUUUGCGGAGUUUCUCGUUGAAGAUGGGGUCCAGUGCCAGCAAGGCCACGUCAUCAUCGUCCUCUUCGGGGAGUUGCAGGAAGGGUCGAUCUAAGGGACACCGAGGUUUCCCAUCUUAUUGUCUGGGAGCCUCGUCUGGAUCUCGUGACAUUGAUAGUGACGACCAGGUUUGUGAUCAGAAUAAAGUAAAUGGAGAGGAUGUGACAUACAGUAGUGGCAAUGAAAUAGAUUCAGAUGAGGUGAAGACAGAGUCUUUUAGAAAGGUUAAAUCUGAUAAAUCUGAUGAAGUGCCUUGUGUGCCUUCCAACAUUGACCUUGAGGAGUGGGGCCACACUGCAUCCAGAACUGGUAGCAGCUCUGCACAUUCUUCUUCAAAUCAGUCCUUGAACCCUUCAAGCCGAUUCCUUUCUCGCUUUAGCCUUGUUCCUGGUAAUAUAAGCUUCAGACUUAGCAGAACCACAAGUUUGGGGUCAUCUAGGCCUUGCCCGGUUUCUUCAGAGAGUCUCUCAAUAUUUAACAAUGAAGAUGAGCUUAAUCUGCCUCCAGGGCUUCCUGGCAGCUUGAUCAAUAGAAAUGAAACUCAACACCGUUGUGACUUGCUUAAUGCAUCUCUUGCUAGUCAAGUGCCUAUACAGUGUCAUCAAGAAGCUUCCAAUAAUUUAAGAUCCAAUACCCUGACAUUGGUUUCCCCUGGCAACUUGGUUAGCAGUCGCAUUUCUUCUGUUCAGGAUGUGGUCAGAGAUGGAAAUGGUACUAGAGAAGUGCCGGAUAUGAACUUGUUUUCUCCAAGAAUUCAUACUGAUACAGAAGAUAUUGAGACUAGACAUACUGAUAGACGGAAUGGAGCUCGAGAGCCUGUUGAACGUAAUGUUCGUUUUAGCCGGACAUUAAGUGUUGGAAGGCUCCGUGACAGGGUUCUCCGCCGAACAACAGUAUCGGACUUCACAUUUUGCCCUCUGCAACGAGAGAGAGAUGCUAGUCAAGAUAAUGGAAGACGGGCAGGGGAGAGAGACACAAGACUGUCACCAUCUGGUCGUAAUGCUACAAAUUCUUCUACACCUAGAUAUCCUCUACCCAGUACACCUAGCUCCUUGUUUGGCAUCCAAGACUAUGAAGUUGAGACUUCACGAUCUAGAGAAACUAGGUAUCAGGACCUACUGGAGCAUAGGUCCAAUUUCCUCGAACGGAGGAGAAGAAUACGGUCCCAGGUCCGUGCUCUUCAGCGGUUGGGUAGCCGGUUUGAAAAUCUUUCUGGACAUGACAGAUCAUGUAUCUUAUCUGGUCAACAUAGAAAUGGUCGUUGUGCAUGCAGAAUCAAUAGUCGUGAUACCAAUUCAAAUGAUGAUACCAAUGCAAGAGCUAGCAUAUCAAGAAUUGUUAUGCUAGCUGAAGCCUUAUUUGAGGUUCUGGAUGAAAUUCACCAGCAAUCUAUGGUUUUAUCUUCUCGCCCUUCUGUGUCAUCUAUCGGUUCUGUUCCUGCACCUAAUGAAGUUGUGGAAUCCUUGCCUGUCAAAUUAUACACUAAGUUGCACAAACAUCAAGAAGAACCUGUACAAUGUUAUAUAUGCCUUGUGGAGUAUGAGGAUGGAGACAGCAUGCGAGUUCUGCCUUGUCAUCAUGAAUUUCAUACAACAUGUGUAGACAAGUGGCUGAAGGAGAUUCACAGGGUGUGCCCACUAUGUCGAGGGGAUAUCUGUGCAUCUGAUUCACUGCCAAGGGAGAACUAAGGUGGCCAAUUGUUAAUCAAUAUCUCCUUCUCAGAUACUCAUGGCUGCUUUGAUCAUUCAUUGCACAUAAGCUGAUGUGAGACACCAUCAGAUGAAGCACUCUCAUUGUUGUCAAUGAUUAUUUACUCCAAUUUCUGAAUAAACAUCAUACCAUUGUAGAAAUAGAAUGAUCUACUAGCUCAUUCUCUAUCACCAAGUGAAAGCAGAUGGCCAAAAAAGGUGGGGUGGAGGUAUUGUUUAAUGAAGAAUUUUUCCAACAUGUUUCAGGAAAAAAAAAGGUUCUCUUAUAAUGUAUCCGACAUCCUUUUGUUUUUCCCCACUUCUUGUUUAACACAAUUUUUGGAAAAAAGCAUCAGUCAAAUGAGCACUUUUGGUCAUGGAGGAAACUACAGGAUGGCACAGCAUCUUUGACCGAAUCAUUCUCUUUAUCUCUAGACCAGUCAACUGAGUGGCUUCAAAACUAAAAGCAGUGGUGCAUGCGUGUGAUGAUAUCCUUUUCACUUUUCAGAGGAAAAAGGGAAAAGAAACAUUUCAAUUGCAGUAUAAAUUGUGGGAGACAAGUGGUAGUUGUCUCCUAACAAACCUAAAAAGACCACUAGCUACACUGAUUUUUGUUGUACAAUUUGGUUUGCCUUGUGUUCUUCCAAUGCAUGAUCAUGAUGCAGGAUUGCAGGGGUGGUUAUAGGAUGAUCUGCUUAAGUUUUGGAUCACCCACUUAUCUUGAUUGAACUGGCAAUUUUUUUUAUUUGCUUAAUGUUUUUAUAAUUUUAUAUCAUAUUAAUGCAGCAACCUUGUACAUCUUCCA